GUGGUAGGUGAUAAAAUUGAUAAGCAUACAACAGCACACAGUACUUGUUGAUUAAAAAUUGAAUCAAUAGCAAAACAAACUGAAACGCGAAUCGUACGGGGAUUUUCACAAAAUUGUUAUUAUGCAAGUUAAGGAUAAAUUUGUAUCAAACUAUGUGCUCCAAAUUGUUAUCGUCGUCUUCUGUAUUAUCAAUUCCAUUGUAGGACGAAAGUUUGCCGAUGAAGGCUAUUACCCUGGAGACUACUACAAUGCCCAGCAAGCUCAGUAUGCCAAGAUAAAAACUGCUCUAGGAAAACUUGAACAUGCACCCCAGUACGUCCCAAACUGGCCUAACCCGAACAUCAAACUCGGGCAAGUGUCCGGAGUAGCACUGGACCCGACCGGUCAGCUCCUAGUCUUCCACCGAGCGGACAACACCUGGGACGAGACCACCUUCUCCAUGCGUAAUGUGUACCAGAAGAUAGGAGAGCCGCCCAUUCCUCAUAACACUGUGCUGGUCUUCAAUGAUACUGGAGAGCUGGUGGAUAUGUGGGGGAAGAAUCUUUUCUACAUGCCCCACGGGAUCACGGUGGACAAGGAGGGUAACGUGUGGGUGACGGAUGUGGCGCUGCACCAGGUCUUCAAGUUCACGCCGCGGCAGAGGGAGCAGCCUGCCCUCGUGCUCGGGGAAAAGUUCGUGCCAGGCAACGACGAGCGCCACUUCUGCAAGCCGAGCGCCGUCGCCGUCCUCGACUCUGGCGAGUUCUUCGUGGCUGACGGCUAUUGUAACACGCGCAUCAUGAAGUUUGGACCUGACGGGGAGUUACUGCUGCAGUGGGGUAGCCAUUCCCGAUUCGCCUCCCCAUUCUCAUUCAACGUGCCGCACGCCUUAACUCUGGCCGAAGACAGAGGCCUAGUAUGCGUGGCGGACAGAGAAAACGGUCGCGUCGCCUGCUUCCGGUCUGAUAACGGGACUUAUGUCGCUGGGUUCAAGAACUGGCUUAUAGGACCGCGGCUAUUUAGUGUUGCAUAUUCUCCAGUUAGAGGUGGUCGCCUGUACAUAGUCAACGGGCCGUCGGGCAACGUGCCCGUCCGAGGCUACGUCAUCGACUUCACGUCAGCUCGGCUUAUCGGUACUUUCGCUCCUGAAGCGGAGUUCAGCAACCCACAUGAUGUAGUUACUACCGCUGAUGGGUCGAAGGUCUACGUCGCCGAGCUCAAUCCGUUCAGGGUAUAUAAAUUCGAAGACGAUGUUUUGCGGAACGAAACGAAAAUUGAUAAGAAUAUGAGCGUGCCAGUCAAACCUACAACCACUAUCGCGCUCGGUGACCAAACCGCGAUGGUGCCACUGGACACGUGGGACACGUGGCGCGGCGCGGUGGGCGGCGCGGCCGGGGCGGCGGGCGCGGCGCUGCUCGCUGUCGCGGCGCUCGCGCUGCUGCGGGCGAGGAACAAAGGUCGCAAAGGAGUCACGCGACGCCGCUGGGAGUACGGUCACGGCGAGUUCAAACUACGUCGGCUACUCGAGCGACGGCGCUUCACUCGUGUCCACUCCGACGAUUCUGAUGAAGAACCAGCGCCGAUGCUGCCCCAGCCCCCUGCUAACGCGUGAUCACUGCGACUCGACCUUGGAUUAUUGAUGCGAUUUGCUUGAAGGAAAGUAAUGUUCAGAAAAGAAAGAAUAGGGAAUCAGGGAUGAAUGUGUAGAGAAAGCUCUUGCAUCUGAUACCUUCUUAUACCUCUCGCGUCUCGGGAGUUUCUUGACGUAUUUUUAUUAGUAGGUUAUUUAACGGUACAUUUCUAAAUGAUUGUGGUAACUUCUAUAAAAUGACUACAAACAUUUUACGCAAUCACACUCGUGACAGCUACCUACUCUAUAUAAAAAUGAACUAUCAUGGACCAUCAAUACCAUCAUACCACGCCACCUUUAACUGGUUAACCUGUUUUAACAUUUAAAGCUACUCUGACAGCGAAGGAUGUCUAUAUUAUUUGUUUCUUUUCUAAGCGGUUGUAGCAAGAUUUAAACGAUUUAUACGCUAUACAAUUAUAUCUACAUCAAACUUGUCUAACAGAUGUGAGAGUUUUCUAAGAAAUAUAAGUAUUUAUAUUUUUGUCUUUGAUUUAAGUUUAAUAAUGUAUUUAGUUUUUUAGGAGUUGCCUGUCGUACAAAAUUAUUGUAAAUUAGUUAGCUUAUCAUAUUUAUAUUAGGUUGAAGAAAUUACGUCGGUUGAAGAAUAAAGGCCAAAAUAGUUAGCGAGUAUAGAAUUUUGUUAUAUUAAGUAAAUAUAGAAUCGAGUAAUAAUGUACGUUUAAGCUAUAUACAGUUUACGAAAAUCCAUUAUCGACACCUACCAAAAAAUAUUAUUGGCAAGUUCAAUUGCUCAUUUAAAUUUAUUUGAUACAAGCAUAAUGAGUUUAUAAUACUAGCAAAGGCACUUACAAUAAAACAAUUUAAUAUUUUAAUGAAAAAUGUAACAAUAGCGACAAAAAAUAAUUUGUGUAAACACGGUCAAAAGGUUAAAAAUUACUCACGUAACACUGCGACAGUAGGAUUUUUAUAUAUUUUAAAAUUGGCAUAUAAAACAAAGGCUCAUUUUGCCUUAUAUUUAAAUUGAAAUUAUUUUUAAAAAUCUUAAUUAGGUAUGAGCAUAAACUUGAAUGAAUUGACGGAUAUAAAAUACUACUUAAUCGUAUUGACCAUGUGUAUAGAAUCGAGAAUGUGAAUAGUAUAUAGAUACUGAUUGUAAAAUAAUCACUAAUCAUAUCAAAGCAAUUAUACCUAUAGAAACUUAUAUGUAAAGAUUUACCUCACUUUAACACCAAUUACUUACAGUAGAUUUAGUAAAUGAAUACCUUCAAUUCAGACGUAAGCAAUACAAAUGAAACGACAUAAGUAUUCACAAAAUACAUAUUAUAUAUUUCCUUUUAUUCGAUUUGAUCUUCAAAAUAAAAUAAAACUUAUAUCUAUAAAUAUUCUCAGCACAUUUAAAUCCUUUGGCCAGCUAUCAUUUUUUUAGCUAUCAAAUUCACUUUGAGUUAUGUUGGCAUAGAAGCGCUUUAUAAACUGUCACUUAUAACAGACAGUCCUGGUGAAAAGGUUAAAAAAGGUACAAAGUUACCAAUUCUGCCCGUCAUGUUCUCUUGCCUACGAUGAUGUGGUUUCGAGGUGACAGCUUUGGAUCGAAUACUGGAUGAAUCUCACAGGACAAACCUAAAACAAAAGAACAAGUACUUAGGUAUUUUGCAUUUACCAAUACGUAAUUCACAUAUGUCCUAAAUAAAGUUUGUACUUAAGUUCCUGGGAUAACAAGUUCCAAAUGUUUCAAUAUUCCGGCCUACUAAUAGAAAGUACCUACCUAAUGUACCUAUUUUAUGUGUUAUUAAAUAUUAAUCUAGUCCAUUUGUACCUAAAUUGUGUUGGAAAGUGCCAAAUUGUUAAUGCCAAAAAACCAUUGAUGUCAUAUAAUUUAUAUUUACUCCAUAAUCCUUAAAUAUAUCUAUCUGUAGGUAGCGUGUAUUCUAUGGUUAAAAUGUAUAACGUCUUCGUCAACUAAUGCGGCCUACUGAUUUAUUAAUUAGUUUAUUAGACAAGGUAACAGAAUGUGAAUUAUUCCUAUUAUUCUUACUAUAGUUCCACAAAAUUAUAUUUCAUUUACGUUCCAAAAACAUUACUUUUAUAUUUAUUUAAAUGAUGUUGAUGAUGUGAUGACAACCACUAAUGCACGAAGGUUCCACCUCUGACAUUUAAUUUUAUUUUUUGGCUUUCCUAAGUAAACCCUCGUCGUCUCUGUCAUGUUAUGUAUUGUACAUAUUGAUUGUGUAAAUGUAAAAAUGUAUUUAAGAAAAUAGAUGUCUUUAUUUUUUUCCUUUAGUAUUAAAGGUAUUGAAGAUGAA